AUGUUCAACGUCGCUUGCAAAGAUCCUCUCGAUGCAGAGAAGGUGGGAGAACGACGGGCUCGCAAGACGAGGGAGGCAAAAGAGGUCGUUGACGGCAUCAACGAUGCAUUCAGCAACGUCUCGGUGUCGGGGCGAACCGCUGAUACUCCUUCCUUUGCAUUCAGCCCUCCACCAUCGGGCAGGUCGUCGAGGACCUCUGUGAUCAGCCCCAGCUCUCAGCACUCUGUGGACAGCCAAGAGAACAAGAUUGGCUCCUUUCGUGACUAUUUCAGCGUCAAAAGUGCUUCCACAGCAGCCAGCAGACCAGCAACAAGAAACAAGCAGCAACGGGAGCCAGCUCUUGAGGCCGCCUUCAACCCAUUUGGGAGGCAAUCAAGAGCAUCAGACAUAUCAUCGACGAGGUCAACUGGAGAGUGGAAUUAUGCCGUCUCAUCAACCACCAGCAACCACCAGGUCGACAGCUCGUCUCACAGGUCACCUCCCCUGUCUCGCCCAAACUCGGUACGGGUACAUGAGGUAGAAGGACCGCAAUCAGUCCAAUCAGUCCAAUCAGUCCAGACACGCUUAACGAGUCCUCAGGAUGGUCCCAACCCCUGGAAACGGUUUCAACGCUCACUCAAGAAGAUUGAGAAAGCAAACGACCAAACUGCUUCUGUCAGGCUCACCGAGCAGUGGCCAGUGGACGAUGACGAUGAAGAGAUGAUGUACGAGUUCGACUACGAAACGACGAUCUGGGCACUUGUACGUGCCCAGAAGUUAUCCAAUCGACAGCUCCCAACCGAGGGCAUCUUCCCAGUCCCUGCCGGCCUGUCUAGCACAGACAAGGAAACUUUCCAUAGAGCAAAUAUCCUGCAUCUGGGCACGGUCAGAGGAUCACCAGAAAGCUGGUAUCUCGGGACCAAAUACACAGACACCGUGGUCCACAGCGUGGGUUUCAAAGAUCUCCCAUUUGAUCUGGCCUCAUCCAGCUGGGGAUUACCGCCGAACAUUCUGCUUGAGCAAUGGUCCGAGUUUCCUCGCCUCGACUAUGUCGACGCCAUUUUCGAUAAUGUCGUCAUUGCGCACCACCUGUUCGAAUCCAUCAAAUGCACUUUAUGGCCGGUGCUCAUCGAGGAGAUAUCCCGAGUGCUCUCUCCUGGAGGCCUGAUGAUCGUCUCGAUCAUGGAUGCCCUGCCGCAGCGUGCAGGUCCUCUCUUGGACUACUGGACACACCAGAACUUGAACAUGAAUGUUCUGCGAAAGUUCAUGGUCCACCAGCCGAGCUUGCUAUUGCCUUCGUGGGUGGAAGAAGAUGGCCACUUCUGUCAGGAACUCAUUGAACGUGUCGAGUUCCCGUGCAUGCCCGCACUUGAAAAUACCAACAAGCAGGCUGAAUCACACGGAGGCGGCAGGGGUCAUACUCAUAAGAGACGGCAGUCGUACACCUCGGUAUUACCAACCGAUCGACUCGGUCGAAUCGUCGAAGUAUCGGAGGUUCGCACGGCAGGUAGCACAUCCGGUGCAGAACCACAUUACUUAGCAUCGUCUAGAGCCGGGUGGAAUUUUUACGAGCGGCUGUACUCUUCAUUCUUGUCUCCGUCGACACAAAAGCAGAGUUAUGGCUCCUUUGCCGAGUCCCAACCUGAAGGUCUCAAGCGAGACUGGUGGACCAAGAUCGACGAUGUGCGCAAGGAAUGCUACGCCCAACAGCCUUACUUUGAGAUGGCGACCGUUGUCUACCGACGUGUGCAACCAGCUGAGCUCAGGAUGAAAGAGCAGACGGGCCAACAGGGCUGA